AUGGCCAUGAUACCCGCAGAUAAAGUACAAUCUCGAAUGGUGAACAUCACAGAGACUCUUACAACAAUAAAAUAUCAAAGGUUGAUUGGGAAAGUUGCUAAUAAGCAGGAGAAACACUUUUCCAAUAUUAUGAAGGUUAUUGGGAAAAAUUUAUCUGAUCUCCGAUCUGAUCCGGAUCUGCUUUCUUUGCUCACUCUGGAUCGCAUAACUAAGCUCCUUCAUGUGGAUAUUCCAAUCUUUGGAAAGGAAUACCAAUUCACUCCGACACACAUUUUAGCAAUGUUAUUAUCAGAUUUUAAAGCUAUGGCAGAGGCAGCUGUUGAUAUGGAUGCUAUCGUUGAUGAGUUCUGCAUUGGCAUCCCUGGCUAUUUCACCAAAUCCCAGCAGAUAGCUGUGCUUCAGGCCGCUGAUAUCGCCGGCCUGAAUGUUUCAGUAUUCAGUGCGACCACAGCGAUUGCUUUGAUGCAUGCAGUACGUGGAGGAGGGAGUGAUCAAGAACAAAAGGUUGCUUUUGUCGAUGUGACUGAUUCUGCCAUGCAGGUUUGCAUAGUUGUUUUGGAGAAGCGAGCAAAGCCUGAUCCGAAACAAUCCCAGACUGCUGCUCCUCGACCCCAAGCUAAGCGAAUACUUGAAGUCUUGUCAUAUUCGUAUGACCUCUUGCUCGGUCAGAAAGAUUUCCUUAAUACUCUUGUGAAAUAUUUCAAAGAGAAUGGCCAGAGCACUGCUAAUCUGCAAGAGGAUUGUCUAAAUCUCAUGAUACAGAAUAAGCAGGUUCGGUUAAAAAAACAAAGAAAUAAUGAUGAGGAAUUGGGCCAACUGAUGUUUCGUAGUGAAAAAAUCACAGAAGCAGAGUUCAAAUGCAUAUGUAAUCCUUUCGUGCAGCGAAUGAAGGGAUUACUUCAGAAGGCUAUUGACAAAGAUAACAGAAAAUUCAGUGCUGUUUUCAUUACUGGACCUGGAUCACACAUUUCUCCUAUAUAUGACUGUGUUCAAGAAGUUUUUAACAUGACACCAGGAGUAUUAACCGGCACCACAUAUGAAGGUCUAUCAGUGGGAGUUGCAGUGGGCUGUGCCCAAAAUUGCGCCAUUCAAAGCAAAAAGUUUCUUGCAUGCUCCAGUGAAGAUGAGAGGAGUAAAUACAACAUGAAAAAGCUUUUAGAAUGGCAGGUCAAAGACAAAUGGGCUUUAUCAAUAAAGGACCGAGGUUUCCAUUGCUGGUACUGUUGA